AUGAAAUUUUCACUCGUUGCGCUAGCGCUUUCGCUCUUGACUGCGGUCCAGGCUGUGUGGCUAGAUACCAAUAAUGUCACCACCAUUAAAGAGGCCACCGCCCUCGUUGCAGAGGGUCUUCUCAACUAUUAUGAAGGUAACACCUACGGAGGUGUGGUUGGAAUGUUCACUUGGCCAUAUUAUUGGUGGGAAGCUGGUGGAGCAUGGGGCUCACUUCUUGACUACACCUUCUACAUGGAAGAUGAUAAGUAUUCCGAUCUUAUUAUGACAGCACUCACGUAUCAGGUGGGUGAUGACUACAACUACAUUCCUCUCAAUCAGUCGACCACGGAAGGUAACGAUGACCAGGCCUUCUGGGGUAUUGCGGUGAUGUCUGCAGCUGAGAGAAAUUUUACCAAUCCAACAGAUGACCGCUUGGCGUGGUUAACCUUGACACAGGCCGUAUUUAACACCAUGAGUUCGCGUUGGGACAACCUGGAGUGUAAUGGAGGUUUGCGUUGGCAGAUUUUCCAGUGGAACUCUGGUUACGAUUACAAGAACUCUGUUUCCAAUGGUGCUUUGUUCCACUUGAGUGCCAGAUUAGCCAGAUACACUGCUAAUGACACCUAUGUGGACUGGGCCGAGAAGGUCUUUGACUGGAUGUACGGCGUGGGCUUAUUGACUGAGGGCAACUGGUGGUUUGUGUAUGAUGGAGUCAAGGUCGCUAACAACUGCUCCAACAUCACCAAGUUGCAGUGGACUUACAACCAGGGUCUUAUGUUGGCAGGAUGUGCUUACUUGUACAACUAUACUCUCGACGAGAAGUGGUACAACCGUACGAUGAGUCUCUUGCAUGCUGCGCAAGUGUUUUUCUACAACAAAUCUUCCGAUGCCGUGAUUAUGUACGAGGCUGCAUGUCAGUCACCAACAUCGGCUGCAUUCUCAUGUAACAACGACCAGCGGUCGUUCAAGGCAUACUUUUCGAGAUUCUUGGGUUUGACCUCCAUUCUCGUGCCUGACACCUACGACACUAUCCGGAAGUGGCUUGUGGACUCAGCUAAUGCGGCUGCCUGGUCAUGUGUUGGAGGCACUGACGGCCAUACAUGUGGACUUUCUUGGACAAACGGUACGUGGGACGGAACCUGGGGUCUUGGAGAACAGAUGUGUGCUUUGGAAGUGAUGCAAAACUUGCGUGUUCGAGACUUCCCUGGUCCACUCACUGCCAGUACCGGAGGAUCCUCCGUGGGAAACCCUGCUGCCGGAUACUCACAGACGGCCACCGAUGCUGUGCCUCUCAAAUUGGGAACUGGUGACAAGGCUGGAGCCAGUAUUAUCACUGCUGUGAUUGGAGCUGCUGUGGUUGGAGCUGGAGUGUGGUUAGUGAUUUGA